UAUAUAUAUUGCAUGCAUGUCAAGCAAAUGGCAGGGAAGCUCGGCAAGCUCAAAUGCAUGCUGAAGAGAUGGCAUUCCCGCAGCCGCCUCCACGCAGGCAGCCCCUCUGCGGCGGUUCGGUCCCACGACGACGAGAACUCUCCGACCGACCUCCACCCUGUCUACGUCGGUAGGUCCCGCCGGCGUUACCUAAUCAGCUCCGACCUCGUCGGCCAUCCUCUCUUCCAGGUCCUCGCGCAGCGAUCCGUUAAUCCAGACGGUGGAAAGGUCGUCGUCGAUUGCGAGGUCGUGCUGUUUGAGCACCUCCUCUGGAUGCUCGAGAACGCUGAGCCGCCGCCCGAGUCCAUCGACGAGCUGGUGGAGUUCUACGCCUGCUGCUGAUCGGCUGAUCCAUCCAUGCAUGACCGCUGUCGAGUGCUAUCCGCAUUAGCCAUUUCAGUCUAAUGCGAGAUGAUGAUGAGAGUUGUAGGGCCUGGAGAGUUGUGAGAGGACAUGAUCCACCACCACCACCUCUCCUGUUCAUGGCUUUGUACAUCUUCUGAUGUAAUGUUCCCCUACAGAUAAUAAACUUAGUAUAUCAAUCUGUGAUGUCACACACAAUCUUCUUUGA